GGCAGCUCCUCUGAAUGGGGGAGGGGGAACCAUUAGCUCUUUAUGAGUAGUGGCAGUUAGUGCCAUUGUCUGGCACCAGGUAAUUAAUGCCUUGUGGAAGCUCAACUUGUACCAAGAGCUCUCUGGUCACCGAUCCCCGUCAUGCAGGCCGCAGAAGGGAAGCAAUUUUUUGAUCCUGUCUCUUUUGGGAAGGACCUCAUGAUAGGUGGGGUGGCAGCAGCCAUUUCCAAGACAGCAGUAGCACCCAUUGAGCGUGUGAAAUUACUGCUGCAGGUUCAGGCCUCAUCCAAACAGAUCCGUGCUGACCAGCAAUACAAAGGCAUGAUAGACUGCUUUGUCCGCAUCCCUAGAGAGCAAGGAUUUCUCAGUUACUGGCGUGGCAACCUUGCCAAUGUUAUCCGAUAUUUCCCAACACAAGCCCUAAAUUUUGCUUUUAAGGACAAAUACAAGCAGAUUUUCAUGGCGGGAGUGGAUAAAGAUAAACAGUUUGGAAGGUGGUUCAUUUCAAAUCUGGCUUCUGGUGGAGCAGCUGGAGCAACAUCAAUGUGUGUAGUAUAUCCGUUAGAUUUUGCACGAACUCGAUUAGGUGCUGACAUUGGAAAAGGUCCUUCAGAGCGACAGUUCUCGGGCCUUGGUGACUGCAUUGCUAAAAUUGCAAAAAAAGAUGGAAUUACUGGCUUAUACCAAGGAUUUGGUGUUUCAGUACAAGGGAUCAUUGUAUACAGGGCAUCCUAUUUCGGAUGUUAUGAUACCAUAAAAGGAAUGCUGCCAAAUCCAAAAGAAACACCAUUUAUUGUCGCCUUUGCAAUUGCCCAAGCUGUGACUGUAUUUUCUGGGAUACUAUCUUAUCCUUUUGAUACUGUCAGAAGACGCAUGAUGAUGCAGAGUGGAGAAGUUGAACGUCAGUACAAAGGAACUAUUGACUGCUUUGUCAAAAUAUACAGCCAGGAAGGAACAAAUGCUUUCUUUCGGGGAGCCUUCUCAAACGUUCUUCGUGGGACAGGAGGUGCUUUGGUCCUGGUCCUAUAUGACAAAAUUAAGGCAUUUCUUAAUAUUGAUCCUUCAUUAGGCAAAUCUUCCGACUAAAGUGCUUAUAAAGAACUGACUUGAUCUGCAUCGUGCACAGAGACAGAAUUUUUGCCAUUUUGAAAAUAGUUAUUCAUUAUUGUACUGAGCUGUAGCAACAGUCAACAAUUUUGCAU